AUGUCGUGUAGAGAGGCGCUGGCCGCCAAGGACGCCGCCACUGAGCUGGGCCUAAUUGACUAUGUACUAAAGGAACUCGCGGAAUACCUGGGAAGGUCGCAGCCCUCUCACAAUGAGUUCCAAGAGCUGCAGGAGGUGUUCUGCAAGACCAACCUUGAACUGCAGGGGAUUCACUCAGUCCGUUGGCUGAGCCGCGGCGAUGCCAUCACGCGCUUGGUGCGUGUGCUCCCUGCCGUCAUUGUGCUCCUCUGGGAGUGGGAUGACGACUUUUACCACAUUGUAACUUCAGUGAAGUUCAAUGUGUAUCUGUAUUACCUCGCCGAUAUGCUCAACCUCCUCAACAACCUCAACCUGGAGUUUCAGAAGCAACAGGUCGACAUGACAUCGGUGCAGUCGACUGUGCGCCGCACCCUGAUCAUCAUCCGUACGCGCUACAUUGAGUGCAGCGAUGACCUCGGUGGCGGCCCACAGCUACAUCUCGGGGCCUUCCUAGCCAGGCUCAGUGAGACUCGGGAAAUCACUGUGGCAGGUGUGGACAAGGAGGGGGAGAAGCGACAACAUACCUUUGAGCUGCACAAGGAGGUAUUGACGGGCUACAGCAAGACACCGGAUGACUUGCAGUCGUGCCUCGACGUUUGCCGCCGCCACGCCAAGUCGACGCUUACCCACCUCCAGAAGAGGCUGGGGGAUCUCAAAAGCCUGAACGGUGUCCGGCUUUUUAUGCCAGACACCUACCCUGAAGACAAGGAGGGACGCGCUGAGGAGUGCCUCGAGCACUUCGAGACUCUUCAGCAAGAAGAGGAGGCCUAUAAAGAGAAGGGAGAGGCAGGGGAAGGCGGGGAAGGGGAAUGUUUUGGAGGACGGAUUCUGAACAUGGCAGCAGCAGCAGCGGUGACAGUGGGUUUAGUAGCAGCAGCGAUGAUGAGGUGGAGGGGUAAGAGGUGGUGUUGGAGUUAA